AUGGACAUAUCUCAAAUCUCCAAGCAGCUUUUGCCAGCACCCAAGAGAUUCCCAGAUUGUUGCUUGGCCAUCUCCAGCACCUUGAUCACCUACCUUGCUUCGCUCCUGCCAAAAACCCCCAAAUUCACCAUCUCAAUUGGUAGCGGAUCUGGUCUCCUUGAAGGUCUCCUUGUGCAUUGCGACAAAAAUGUAUUAGUGGAGGGUGUUGAGGUGGAUUCAACCAUCAAUCGGUACAUAGCCGAAGAAGAUAUGAAUAUCGUUGGCGGAGGCUGGAGCCUUUGGUCUGCCGCUGAACAGGCUACAGCGUGGAUGUUUGUCUACCCACGCGAUCCGAAACUCAUCACCAAAUACGUUGAUACACAUGGUCGUGAAAAUGUUGAUUUUAUCGUCUGGCUCGGGCCUCGGGUCGAUUGGCCGGACUAUGAGCCGCGUUUCGGUCAAUCUCCAUUCUCCGAGUUGAGCUUUCCAGAUCAUAUCGGACUAACACCAUACGAGACUGUGGUCAUUGCUAGAAGGCCAACUUGA